ACGCUGAUAUGUGGGGGAGAUGUAUUAAUGGUCAGUUCCAAAACUUGCAGCUACUGUAUCAAUUUCGACAACUGCAUUUGUUGUUGCUCUAUCUUCGCAGCAGGGACAGCUCUGUUACUAUGUUAUCAGUUAUCACUCAAAGGUCGCCGCUCUUGGCCAAAAUUAGGAUUCUGGGAGCCGUUAGUGUCAGAGCAGCCCACAGCCACGGGGACCACGAUGCCGUGCCAUAUUACACCAAGCCAGUAUAUUAUGACCAUCGUACCAUGCCUUUGCCUGAGAUCCCAUACCGUGAGACUCUGAGCUCACAAGACACAGCUCUGAAGGAAAAAGAGAAGGGGCCUUGGAAGCAGCUGAGCCUGGAAGACAAGAUUACACUUUACCACAUGAAGUUUAACCAGACGUAUGCAGAUAUGAAUAAGCCAACAAAAGAGUGGAAGACUGUGUUUGGGGCUGUUUUCUUCUUUUUCGGUCUAACCGGACUGAUUGUGUGGUGGCAGAAAUUACAUGUGUUCCCACCUCUACCACACACGCUGCAAGAUGACUGGAAAGCUAUGCAGGUUCGCAGAAUGUUGGACAUGCGUGUGGGGCCAAUCGAGGGCUUCUCCUCAAAGUGGGACUAUGAGAAGAAUGACUGGAAGAAAUAAUGGAGAGGAAAAUAGAGGAACGCCAGCACACCCGUCCCAACCAUCUGCACAUGUAACCAGUGUGUCCGUGUACUAGUUCAUCAGCAGUCCACAAUUAAACUGUCAGUGAAUCAACUUUA